GCUCCCAGGAGGGAAGAGAAGCCGAGGACUUUGCAAGAGAAGGUCUCCCCAGGACAUCAUGCGGAGUGCCACCAAGCCCUGGAGUCCGGUUUCCAAAGCAGGCAGCCAUGGUCCUGACCGAGCUCGGCCCCUCCCUGGGACUCCUUCUGGCAUGAAGAGCUCCAAGUCUUCAACCUCGCUGGCCUUUGAGUCUCGGCUGAGUAAGCUCAAGAGGGCCAGCAGUGAGGACAUGCUCAACAAACCUGGAAGUGCCUCAUCAGGGGUGGCGAGACUGAAGAAAACCUCAACCUCCGGAGCCAUCUCUGAGCUCACCGAGAGCCGCCUGAGGAACAACACAGGGACUAUUCCAACAACUAAACGAACAGGCAUUCCGGCUCCACGGGAACUCUCAGUAACUAUCUCCAGAGAGAGGUCUGUGCCGCGUGGUCCCUCCAGCUCAAAGAAGUUGGGCUCCAGUCCAACUUCCUCCUGCAAUCCCACUCCUACCAAACAUCUAAGGACCACCCCUGCAAAACCUAAGCAAGAGCAUGAAGGUGCAGAGAAGGCUGUGCUCGAGUCCCAGGUACGGGAACUUCUGGCAGAAGCCAAAACCAAAGACAGUGAAAUUAACAGGCUUCGAAGUGAACUAAAAAAAUGUAAAGAGAGGUGGGCCCUGAGCACGGAGGACACCAAUGCUUCAGACCCAAGUGCAGAGGGAACAUCAGCCCCAGUAAGUGACACAGAGCCUUUGAUAAGAACCCUGGAGGAGAAGAAUAAGAGCUUUCAGAAAGAACUCGCUGACCUAGAGGAAGAAAACAGGGCCUUGAAGGAGAAACUGACUUACCUUGAGCAGUCACCAAAUUCAGAAGGAGCAGCAAGUCACACUGGUGACAGCAGCUGCCCAACAUCUAUAACCCACGAGUCCAGCUUCGGAAGCCCAGUUGGAAAUGAGUUGUCCAGUGAAACGGAUGAGUACAGAAGAAGCACACAUGGGAGUGCAUUGCGGACAUCAGGGUCUUCCAGCAGUGAUGUUACUAAAGCCUCUCUGUCACCUGACGCCUCAGAUUUCGAGCAUAUCACUGCAGAUACCCCAUCUCGGCCCCUGUCAGCCACUAGCAACCCUUUUAAGAGCUCCAAGGGCUCCCCUACUGGGAGCUCUCCAAACAAUGCAAGUGAGCUGUCCUUAGCUUCUCUUACUGAGAAGAUACAGAAGAUGGAGGAGAAUCAGCACAGCACUGCAGAAGAGCUGCAAGCUACUCUGCAAGAAUUAUCAGACCAGCAGCAGAUGGUGCAGGAACUGACAGCUGAGAAUGAGAAGCUAGUGGAUGAGAAGACCAUUUUGGAGACCUCCUUCCACCAGCACCGAGAGAGAGCAGAACAGCUGAGUCAGGAAAAUGAGAAACUCAUCAACCUUUUACAAGAGCGAGUGAAAAAUGAGGAACCUAGUGCCCAAGGAGGAAAAAUCCUUGAGCUGGAGCAGAAGUGCACAGAUAUUCUUGAGAAGAGCCGCUUUGAAAGAGAGAAGCUGCUCAACAUUCAGCAGCAGUUGACCUGUAGCCUACGGAAGGUUGAGGAAGAAAACCAAGGAGCUAUAGACAUGAUUAAGCACCUGAAGGAAGAAAAUGAAAAGCUGAAUGGGUUCCUAGAACAUGAACGGUGUAAUAAUAGCAUGAUGGCCAAAACUUUGGAGGAAUGUAGAGUUACCUUGGAAGGCUUGAAAAUGGAGAAUGGGUCCUUGAAAGCUCAUUUGGAGGCCGAUAAGCAAAAAGCCAUAGAGGCCAGCAGUACCGUGGGGCAGGCAGCAGAGAACUUCGAGAUUCAGGAAAUGCUGAAAGUGGCUCGAGCUGAGAAAGAUCAGUUGCAACUGUCUUGCACUGAGCUCAGACAAGAAUUGCUAAAGGCAAAUGGUGAAAUUAAACAUGUUUCCAGCCUGCUAGCUAAGAUGGAGAAAGAUUAUUCUUACCUGAAAGAGGUCUGUGAUCAUCAAGCAGAACAGCUGAGCAGAACCAGCCUAAAAUUACAAGAGAAAGCUUCAGAAAGUGAUGCAGAAAUCAAAGACAUGAAAGAAACCAUAUUUGAACUGGAAGACCAGGUGGAACAGCAUCGUGCCGUCAAGUUACACAAUAACCAACUCAUCAGUGAGCUGGAAAGCAGUGUGAUCAAGCUGGAGGAGCAGAAGUCAGACCUAGAGCGGCAAUUAAAGACGCUAUCAAAACAGAUAAAGGAGGAAACAGAGGAAUGGAGGCGGUUCCAGGCAGACCUUCAGACUGCAGUGGUAGUGGCCAACGACAUCAAGUGUGAGGCUCAGCAGGAGCUGCGUACUGUGAAGAGGAAGUUGCUGGAGGAGGAAGAGAAAAAUGCCAGGCUGCAGAAGGAGCUGGGGGACAUACAGGGGCACAGCAGACCUGUGAAUGAAGAGCCAGAGCCCUCAGAGGUCGAUGCUGCUGGCCGGUGGCGUGGAGUCUAUGUCAACAGAACAUCUCCAGCUCCUUCAGACUCUGCAACCACAGUAAAGUCACUGAUCAAAUCAUUUGACUUAGGACACUCAGGUGGAACUGGACAGAGUAUUUCUGUCCACAAGACUCCCAGAAGCCCCCUGAGUGGAAUCCCAGUAAGGACUGCUCCGGCAGCUGCUGUCUCUCCGAUGCAGAGACAUUCAACUUAUAGCAGCAUGAGGCCAGCCAGCAAAGGGAUGUCUCAGCGCUUGGACCUGCCAGACCUUCCCCUCUCUGAUCUUCUGAAGGGAAGGGCUGAGGACCGGAAGUCAGACCCUUACCUCCGAAAGAGUCCCUCACUGGAAUCCCUGAGCAGACCCCCCUCCCUGGGCUUUGGGAACACCAGACUGCUGAGUGCGUCCACCGGGGGUCUGAAGCCAAGCAAGCUCAGUGUUGAAAGGAGAGACCCUCUGGCAGCCCUGGCCCGGGAGUAUGGUGGCUCUAAACGUAAUGCACUCCUGAAAUGGUGUCAGAAGAAGACAGAAGGCUAUGCGAACAUUGAUAUCACCAAUUUCAGCAGCAGCUGGAGUGAUGGACUGGCCCUCUGUGCGCUGCUGCACACCUACCUGCCUGCCCACAUCCCAUACCAGGAGUUGAACAGUCAGGAGAAAAAAAGGAAUCUCUUGCUGGCAUUUGAAGCAGCAGAAAGUGUUGGCAUCAAGCCCAGCCUGGAGCUCAGUGAGAUGCUGUACACAGACCGGCCUGACUGGCAGAGCGUGAUGCAGUAUGUGGCCCAGAUCUACAAGUACUUUGAGACAUAGACAGACCCACUAGCCGCCGCUUGACCUCAAGUUAGUCCUGGAUGCGCCUGCUCACUGCCCAUCACACCUGGUAUGCCCAUCACCUCGCCAUCUGGAUUUCCAAGGAGGGCAUCGGGAAGCAGAGCUGGCUCCACCAUGUCCCCACCACGCGGAUCAGAUGCAAACGUGUCUGGAGCCUGUUCUCAGGAAUCCUUGCUCCUAACGGGAGGCUUCUAGAGAGGCAGGCCCCACUCCUCACACACUGGGUCCCCAAACCCAGGCCCUCUUCUGUGAGAUUCCAGUGUUGCCAGUCCCAUUUGCAGCCCCACACAUGGUCUACAUGCUGACAAACAGCCCUUCAAUUACUAUGUCUCUUCUUCCCCCAUUUACUAAAAGUGCUCUAGCUUUGCUUCAGUCAAAACUCUGUCCUUACCAACUGCCUACCCCGAAAUAAAGCAGCACCCUACAGAACAGAAAAACAAAAGCACCUUUUGCUUCUUAGCCACCUAGAAACACACUAAUUAGGGAAAUAGUUUGUUCAGCUCUGUGUAACUGAGGACUUAAUUGUACUGCAUAGGUCUCACCACCCCUAUUUGAUUCUCGGGUGUGCAAAGGAGCCCUUGGGUGCCUUGCUGAUGGUCCGCGGGAGGCCAGCUGGCAUGCACGUUAACCACACAGCCUGAGGACAGGGCUGAUGUCCUAGCUGAUGGAACCAUGUCCAUUGUCUGCAUCACCUUCUGCCCCGCUAUUUAUUUACAGUCCUGUUCACACACACACACACACACACACAUCUGCCUGACACGUGGGACUCAGCAAACAUCACUUAGGUGUGUGAAGCAGCC